AUGGUCGAGAACAAAUUCAUCAAAGUCGACCGCGAAAGCUUCCCCUAUGUCUUUGUGAAGGACGUGGACAUUUCUCUGAAGACUCACGAAAAAGGGCUUGCACAAGUGGACUGGCCCAUCCCGGAUACUCAGUACACCAAGUUCUUCCUCACGCCUAAGCAGACCCUUUUACAAAUUUCUGAUAUUCUUCCCCGCACAUCGGACCUUGUGCUCCCUGAUGCUCACUUAGGAUCUGCAGGCCGCCCAUCACUUUUUGGUAUCCGACGCCCUCAACACUGGAGAUCACCAGCCACAUAUCGUUACAUCUCACCGUUUUCUGCUCCCGAGCAAAGCAAGAGUCGCCUCCGCCGUACGAUAUCGACCUGUUCGUCACGCUGCGCAAGGGAAUGCGGACGGGAAGCAAGUCUAUACACUGGGACUAUGGGCGAUCCAGUUCCGAUCAUGAAGGGAUGGCUACGUGUCUCGCUUCGCGAAGUCAAUGAAAACCACCCAUUCCACUGCGACUAUCUCCCACAUCGGGACUAUGCUAGUGCUGAUGUUCAACCCGUGAAGGCGGGAGAGAAGUAUUAG